AUGGCAAAGUCAAUCCAGAAAAUCCCACUUGUGUUAUCAUCUCUUUUUCUGUUUGUGAUCAUAUUGGUGUUACCGGAUGCAUCGGUCGGAGAUCCAAGAGCUCAGACUGUGAAAUUCAUGUGUGGCAAUCAGCCUGAGCACAAUACCACGCUUUUUGUUCCAAAUUUUGUUGCCACAAUGGAAAACAUCAGUGAACAAAUGCGGACUAAAGGUUUUGGAGUAUCUGUCACAGGCACAGGACCUGAUACUAACUAUGGAUUAGCCCAGUGCUAUGGUGAUCUCUCUCUUCUAGAUUGUGUAUUGUGUUAUGCCGAAGCACGAACUGUGCUUCCCCAGUGCUUUCCUUAUAAUGGGGGGAGGAUUUUUCUGGAUGGUUGCUUCAUGAGAGCAGAGAAUUUCAGCUUUUUUCAAGAGUUUACGGGGCCACUGGAUACGGCUGUUUGUGGUAAUAGAACCAGAAGGGAUCCUGAAUUUCAAGACAUUGCAAGACGGGCAGUGCUUCAAGCAGUUGCAGAUGCACCAAACAAUAACGGUUAUGCACGCGGAGAACUGCAGAACUCAGGGACAGGAAAUGUGUCUGCUUAUGUUUUGGCAGACUGCUGGAAGACAUUGAAUGCCAACUCAUGCAGGGAAUGCUUACAGAACGCAUCAACGUCGAUGUUGGGAUGCUUGCCUGCAGCUGAGGCCAGGGCAUUGAACACUGGAUGCUUCAUGAGGUAUUCAGACACCAACUUCCUUAACCCCAUACCGGGAAGUGGAAGUUCAAGAGGCACGGUUAUUAUCAUUGUGGUCGCUGCAGUUAGUUCGGCCGUUGUUUUGGUCGUGGCAGCAAUCAUUGGAGCAUAUUUCUGGAAAUUAAAAAGAAUAGAGCAGAAGAGAAAAGGUUCAAAUGAUGCCGAGAAAAUGGUGAAGAUUCUUCAUGAUAGUAGUUUGAACUUCAAAUACUCCACUCUUGAGAAAGCGACCGCUUCAUUUGAUGAAGCCAACAAACUUGGGCAAGGUGGAUUUGGCUCUGUCUACAAGGGAGUUUUGCCUGAUGGUCGAGAGAUUGCUGUCAAGCGGCUAUUCUUCAAUAACAAACACAGAGCAGCAGAUUUCUACAAUGAAGUUAACAUAAUUAGUAGCGUUGAACACAAGAAUUUAGUGAGGUUAUUGGGAUGCAGUUGUUCAGGACCUGAAAGCCUUCUUGUCUAUGAAUUUCUCUCUAAUAAGAGUCUUGACCGCUUUAUCUUUGAUGCAAAUAAAGGAAAAGCGCUCAACUGGGAGAAGAGAUUUGAGAUAGUCAUAGGCACAGCUGAAGGUUUGGUUUACCUCCACGAAAACAACAAGUGUCGGAUCAUUCACAGAGAUAUCAAGGCAAGUAACAUUCUGCUGGAUUCAAGGCUUCGUGCCAAAAUCGCUGAUUUCGGGUUGGCAAGGUCAUUCCAAGAUGACCAGAGUCACAUAAGUACUGCCAUCGCUGGAACAUUAGGAUACAUGGCUCCAGAAUACCUAGCUCAUGGCCAGCUGACUGAGAAGGCCGAUGUUUACAGCUUCGGUGUGCUGUUACUGGAGAUAGUUACAGGAAGGCAGAAUAACAGAAGUAAAACUACAGAAUACUCUGACAGCCUUGUUACCCUAGCCUGGAAGCAUUUCCUACAAGGAACAGCAGAGGAAUUGUUUGAUCCUAAUCUGAUGUUGCAAAACUAUUACAAUUCCACCUUUAAAUCUGAAGUACACAGGGUCAUUCAUAUAGGACUAUUGUGUACUCAAGAAGCUCCCUCGUUACGACCAUCCAUGUCUACAGCAUUGCGGAUGCUGGCCAAAAAGGAAGAACCACUUCCAGCACCCACAAACCCGCCCUUCGUAGAUGAAACUACAAUGGAAUUCAAUGACACAAUGGAGAACCCACGUCACCAUCUCAGAGAUGGCGAUGCUGACUCCAACGCCAGCAUGACCUUCAGUUCGUUUCAGCCAAGGUGA